AUGAAAAUGGGCCUCUUCAUAUGGAUUUUGAUAAUACCCCAACUGGUUUUAUCUCUGUUCUCGCCUCUUUUCAGGACAAAACCUGUUUUCAGAUGGUAUUACACAAGAGUCUUUCACCCUAUAUUUGAGGACGUUAACAGAUUCCGAUGGAAGUUCCGUGCCAUUCCUGCUUUCUACCUUUCGAUAUAUGCAUACUGCACGUUUCUCUUUUUCAAGGACAUUGAAGGCUUGAUACGAUCUAGGCUAUUCGGCGUUGAGAGGCUUCUGAUCAUUCCUGUAGCCCUAUCGGCCCCGAUCAUCACAGGACUUCUAACCAUAUGGAUCAAACCGAAAUCUACUUACGCCUCGCCAAUGCUUGACGCGUACGACGAGCUGAUCUUUCAUUCCGGCGUCAGCUGUAGGACCUGCAAGCUGCCAAAGUUCGCCAGAACUAAGCACUGCCCUAUAUGCGACCAGUGCGUCCAGCUUGCCGAUCAUCACUGCGUAUGGGCAAACAACUGCAUCGGAAGAGGUAACUACCAGUAUUUUUAUCUUUUCCUUGUCUCAAAUGUCUUUCUCACAAACUAUGGUUUCCUGAGGCUUUUGUUUUUGCAGCGCUUCGUGCAUUCCAGGCAGCUGCUGAUUCUAUCUAUUCUCUUAGGGUGCUUCGGCGUGAUCUUAGCGGUUUUCUCCUACUUCCAAUUUGUUCUUGUCCGGGAUGGAAUGACGACCAAUGAGGAGAACAAGUGGCUAGUGAUUCACGACAUGAUACGAGCGCGCCAAAUGGUGACCGACGACACUGGUAAAUACUAUUUCAGACUUCUCGCUGACUGCCAAGAAGAUUCUGCCGAGUCUCUCACCAACCCACGCCACUCGUCUCAGGGCCCUAACGAGUUUCACCUAAAUGACUCUAGUCCAGACAUUUACGUAUACUACUCCACGAACCCUUACGACAACGCUACUUAUGAUGUGAAAAACCCGAAGGAGAUUCUAAGCACUGCUGCUAUAACUAAUAUCUACGAUGAGGGCGGGUUCUGGAAGAACUUGAUGGCCAGAGUGGACUUCACAUAA